UAUUUUUUCUGGAUUAAAUAAAACUUUGCGUUUUGGAUUGGAGGAAAUAAAGAUUUUUUAGGGUUUAGGGUUUUGCUACUCUCAUUGUCAAUUUUAUUUUCUUCUUCUUCUUCUUUUCUUCUCAUUGCGAAAGAGGGAACGAAGAGCCACAAAGCCCCACCGAUUAACCUGGAAAACCAUGGGUUCCGAAGAGGCGAGCGUUCUUGAGGGAAAGUUCUUAUCGAUUGAUAAAUUACUCAACUACGAUAUACGCCAGGAAGAUGUGGAUAGACUGAAAGCGGCUAACAUCUGGAAUUCUCUGCUGGUCGGAAACAACAGUGAUGCUGACUUCUGGGGGGAUUGUCUUUUCGUCGGCAACAAGGAGCUCCUUGACGGAAUCCGUUUUUCAGAUGAUGAUGUGGCUGUCAAAAUCGAUAAAGCCAUUGACAAAAUGAUGGAUUCACUAAAAUCAAAAUUUAAUAAGUUCUUUCAACACAUUAAUCAUGAUUUUGAAAAUCGGUUGAAGAAACGAAACAAAGAGAUGAAAGAGAUGCAACCUGUGGUUCUUGCAGCUAAAGAAUGCUUCGAAAACUGCUUAUCUUUGUCUGAACUGCACGAGUGUCUUAGUGCCAAGUUUUCUCAGAAUCGGCAAACAACCGUAAACCUAUAUGAACACUAUACUAGGAAGAAAGGCGGAGAUGCUUAUGAUCAGCUGUCGUUGGUGCGUUCUUUACAAAGAAAGAAGAAAAAACAGCUUGAAGAUCAGAAGACUGAGGAAAGUCUUCUUCAAGAUGAUACUGAGGAAAGUCUUCUUCAAGAUGAUCAUCAGAAGACUGACGAAACUGGUCUUGUUGAUCAAAAGACUCUUGAAUGUCUUCAAGAUGAUCAGGCAAAGCGUCAAGAUCUUCCUCAAAUUUUGAGGCAGCUUUUCACUUCUAAGACGAGGAUGGGUGAAGCUAUUUCAUCUCAGAGGGAGAUGGUGGACACUCUAAUGGGAUUGCAAAGGAAGACUGCAACUAAGGAGGAACUAUCAUCUGUUCAGAGAGAUUUAAGAAGAAAACUCCAAAAUGUUGGCAGUGACAUAUCAAGUCAAGUGGUCACUAACAUUCAAGGAACUUUAACUUCUCGCAGUGACGAAGCUGUCACCUUAUUUGAAAAAGCUGUCAUUUCAAAGCUUAAAAGAGCUAUAAAUAAACUUCAGACAUCUGUCCAGGAAAGCGUCAAGAUUAGUGAUUCGGCCAAGACCUCCCAAAAAAGUCCCUCGAUGGAUGUGACUAAAGAAAUGGCUUUGUUGUUAGUUGAGGGAGGUUACGAACGGUGCUUCACUAUGGCUCUAGAGAUUGAUGAUGAUGAUGCUUCACUGUACUGGUUAUUGUCUAAGGUUCAACCAAAUCAACUAUUGGAGCCUGAGUCAUUUCAGCUGAGCCAGGAAACUCUUUGGGCGCUUCUGCAGCGUCUCCUCGAUUGUGGCUUCUCUUGCGUUAUGACAGAGACCCUUUUGAUAUUUGCGUGGUUCAAAGCUGUGACUAAAGUCCUUAUAACAGACCCGGACAUUUCAGGGGAUGCUGAAAAAGUCUUAGCAGAAGCCGUACGAGUUGUCCAAGACAAAAUUCUGUUAUACGUGAAUUCUGGCUUACUGGUAGAUGACACUCUCGCAGACGAAAUCAGAUUCUUCAAGCUCAACACCGGAGCCAUGAUACCAUCUGUUGGUCUCGGAACGUGGCAGGCUGAUCCUGGUCUUGUAGGAAACGCUGUCGAAGCCGCUGUUAAGAUUGGUUAUAGGCACAUUGAUUGUGCUCAAAUCUAUGGCAACGAAAAGGAGAUUGGGUUAGUCCUGAAGAAACUGUUUGAUGAUGGAGUUGUUAAGCGUGAGGAAAUCUUCAUCACAUCCAAACUCUGCUGUACUUCUCAUAAUCCUCAAGAUGUGCCAGAUGCUCUGAACAGAACUCUACAGGAUCUACAGCUUGACUAUGUCGAUUUGUAUCUCAUUGACUGGCCUGUUAGCCUCAAGGAAGGUUCAACUGGUUUUAAGCCAGAGAACAAUUUGCCAACUGAUACUCCUAGCACAUGGAAAGAAAUGGAAGCACUCGUUGAUGUGCGAAAGGCCCGAGCUAUUGGUGUCAUCAAUUUCUCAACAAAGAGACUCGCAAAGCUCUUGGAGGUGGCUCGCGUCCCUCCUGCUGUUAACCAGGUGGAGUGUCACCCAUCGUGGCAACAAACUGAAGCACUCGUUCACCUCUCUGGAUACUCUCCGUUGGGUUGUCCAGGGACAACGUGGCUCAAGAGCCCCAUUCUAGGCUCGGUUGCUGAGAGGACUCCUGCGCAAGUUGCAUUACGUUGGGGUCUCCAAAAGGGGCAAAGUGUUCUUCCAGAAAGCACACAUGAAGACACGAUCAAACAGAAUUUUGAUGUUUUCAUACCCGAUGACAUGUUAUCCAAGUUUUCUGAGAUGAACAGGGAAGGUCGGUGAGAGGCAUGUCAUUUGUUCAUGAGACGAGUCCUUAUAAAGACUCCUGAACAACUUUGGGACGGUGAGAUGAGAGACUGAUCAUUGCUAUCAAGUUAUUAGUACUACUGCAACUUGUUUCUUACGUUACUUUACUGGUCCUCCGUUUUCGAAAUCUUAUCUUCGCUGUCUGCUACCCCUAAUUAUAUUGGAUUCUGAAUCCAUUAUCAGGAACUUUAGAUGCAAGUUAUUGUAAUAUGUUGCGUAUAAUUAAAGAUGGUCCUAGCUUUAGUGCUAGAUCUCUUGGAACUUUGACUUA